CUCCAACCGGUAAAUGGCGCUGUGGCAGAUAGUGACACUUGUCAAUGCAUUUCAAAGGUUUCCGGAAAGUUGGCUAUCUUGAUAAUUUAUCGGAUUUUCUAAAUAGAGUAACACCGAAGUUACGUGAGAUAAUUAAGUGUGUGCCUAUUGUUAACCCUAAAGUGUGUGCUGUAUGUAAGUAUAUGUCAUGGUUUCGUUUUCGUUAAACUAUGUUGUAAGCAAACUCCCCGCUUACUUGCCAAAAGCUAGUUACUGUAGCCAACUUCCAAGACUACAGUAGGUAACUACAUACUGCCCAGAGUUGUACAGUUAGCUUGGUACAACCAAGCGAUGCCUCUCGUUCCUGCAAACCAGCCUCAAUUAAUUCGCUCAAGUCAAAAGGAUGAAUAUUAUCAGAACUGUCUGAGGAACAACGCAAAUGAAGCUUUCCAGACUCUUGCAGGAUCUAAGAGAUGGCUGGACUGGAGGAAGGAGAUUGAACUGCUUUCAGAUCUGGCAUAUUAUGGCUUAACUACAUUUGCAGGUUACCAGACAUUAGGAGAGGAGUACGUCCACAUCGUCCAGGUGGACCCCACCAAGCGUCGGAUCCCCUCUCGCACUAGGCGAGGUCUCCUGGUCUUUUUCCAUACAUUUGUGCCAUACCUCCUCGACAAGGUCCUGGUCUUUAUAGAGAAUGAGCUGGAAGCUGGGGAGGAGGGGGCUGGCAGAAGAGUUGCUUCCAGCCCUUGGAGCCCCGCAGUGUGGCUGAAGACCUGGGUACGGAGGGCUGUGGGGCUGCUGACGGAGCCCCAGAGGAAGGCGUGUGUCCCAGCAGUGUUCGCCCUCCAACAGGGCCUCACUCUUCUCCACAGGGUCCAUGUAGCGCUGUUUUACAUCAGUGGGGCCUUCUACCACCUGGGGAAGAGGACAUCGGGUAUCAGCUAUCUGCGGGUGCAGAGUGUGAGUGGUGAUGACCAGGCUAUCAGGAACAGUUACAGGGUCCUAGGAGUGGUCUCCCUGCUGCAGCUGGCUAUCACCCUGGCCCUGCAGCUGAACAACUUCAGACAGAGACAGAGAGCCAGACAGGAGUGGAAACUACACAGGAACCUGGCCUCCAGUCCCCCUCAGCCUGUAGAUCCGGUGUCCCAUCGGCCCUCUCGCUGUAUCUUAUGUCUGGAAGAAAGGAGACACUCGACCUCCACCCCCUGUGGACACCUGUUCUGCUGGGAGUGCAUCACUGAGUGGUGUAACACCAAGAUGGAGUGUCCACUGUGUCGGGAGAAGUUCCAGCCUCAUCGACUGGUCUACCUGAGGAACUUCUAGGCACAGACAACCACAUUAUCCAGGUUUUCGGAAACACUGGAUUACAGCUGCAGCAAACUGCAUGAAAAUCGGUCUAUUAUUUUUGGUGCAACAAACUGGAUAUGGCUGCCUUGUGUAAAAUCUUAGACUCACUCAUUUUUUUCCAGCUGUUAAAGUUAUGGACUAAGCUGUACAGUAAAAUGUUCUGUCUGAUUAACUCCUCUUUGGUAGGCUGCAUUACACUGGCAAAAAUAAAUUUUACAUUAACUAAAUGGCAAUAUACAUUUGACAAUAAUAAUUGAGACGUUUAUUUUUUAUAAUAGAAAAUGAUUUUUGGAUUGUAUCAGUCUGUAAUUUGUUUGUAAAAUAUGUGAACGUGUACAAAAUGGUGUAAAUUACGUUCGUAAUAAAUUGUUUAGAUAAUAAAACAUGCAUUUUCCUUUUUCUA